GGUCAUGUGUAAGGAAGAGUUGAUGAAGUCUCUCUCUCUCUCUCUCUCUCUCUCUCUCUCUCUCUCUCUCUCUCAUCUAGGACAAAGACGCCCAUGUUUGGGCGCGGAAUGUGGAUUCAAUAUCAAAAUACAGUUACUAAACUUCAGGAGAACACCUACUUCCCCGCUCCCCUGCAACUCUCCUAAACCAAGAACGAGAGAGAGAGAGAGGGAGAGGGAGAGAGCCGUUGCCCAACGCAAUUGAUAAUCAUCAAAGAAACAGAGAGAGAGAGAGAGAGAGAGAGAGAGAGAGAGAGAGAGAGAGAGAGCCAGGGAGAGAUAGAAAGUGAUAGAAGGAAAGAGAGAAACAAAAUGGCGCAAGCGCAGCCUGAGGAUAAGCGUCAUGAAGAAACCCAAGAAAUGGAGGGGAGAGACGCAAGCGCUUCCUUCAAAUUCAACGCUCAAGCACCUGAAUUCGUUCCAAGAUCGCAUGCACAGAUGCCCAUUUCGGGCUACUACUACCCCUGCUUCCAGUUUGGGCCUGAUUGGUUUUUCAUUGAGGAUCAAGAGCCGCUCAAUUUGAUCUCUGGUUCAAAUUUUGCGGUAUCCAACUGUUCGAAGAAUGUCCUCACUGACGAUCUCCGGCUAAAGAUCGUCAAGCAGGUGGAAUAUCAGCUUGGCGAUGUGAGUUUGCUUGCAAAUGAUACCUUGGUGAAGCACAUGAAUAGAGAUCCCGAGGGUUACGUUCCAAUAUCUGUUAUUGCUUCUUCAAAGAAAAUCAAGUCCCUUGUGAAUAAUAACCAUUUGUUGGCCCAAGCAUUGCGGUCCUCUUCAAAGCUUCUUGUCAGUGAAGAUGGAAAGAAGGUCAGGCGAAAACACCUUUUCUCUGAUAGGGACAAAGAGGACGUGCAGUCUCGUACUGUCGUGGCAGAAAACUUACCUGAAGAUCACUCCCAUCAAAAUCUUGAGAAAAUAUUUGGUGUUGUUGGAAGUGUGAAAACCAUCCGAAUAUGCCAUCCCCAGGAGUCUAAUUCUUCCCGUCCAAAAAGUGAUAUUUUUAUUAGUAAUAAGCUUCAUGCACUUGUGGAGUAUGAGACUACUGAAACAGCUGAGAAAGCAGUUGACAAGUUAAAUGAUGAAAGGAAUUGGAGAAAAGGCCUUCGAGUAAGACUAUUGCUUAGACGAUCGCCAAAAUCUGUUUUAAAGAGCCGGAAGUCUGAUUUUGAUGGGAUUUAUGAUGAUGAUGAUGCAUGGGGCCCCGAAACUUCUGAAGACUCUUCUCAGUCUAAUAACAUAGACCUGGCGGCCGAAAAUAAUGCUGAAGAAAAUUCUGCAACAUCGAAAAAAGGAUGGGCUCGUGGCCGUGGGAAGUCCCGAGGACGCAGCCUGAGUCACAAUGGGCGUGGGCUCCUUGCUCCAUCUCCUCAACUGGGCAGCUCCAUCCUGUCUGAAGCAUCCACCAAGCAGGUUAACAGGGGACCAAGAAUGCCAGACGGGACGAGGGGCUUCACCAUGGGACGAGGGAAGCCAAUAAGCACCCCAGCUCUCGCCAGUUUGCCUUCGGAGUGAUGGGCGAUGGGCCUUCUGUUUUCAAACUAAUAGUUACUACGAAUGGGCCUAUGUCAUCGUGAAAGAAUUUUGACCAGUAUCUUCUAUUAGUAAAUUUUGUGAUGACCCGUAUUGUCUGUCUAUUAGUAAAUUUGCCAAUCCUUUAAAUAUAGAGUUCAUAAUGAUUGUAGCUAUUUGAUCAAAUUUGCUGACCUGUACUUUCUGCCUUCUUGUGGCAGCCUCUCUGUUGUUACCGUACAAUUUUUUUGAGAAUAAUGGAAUUAUGCAUUUACAGA